GCCGAGCGGGCCGAGUGCGGCCGAGCAAAGCCGGAGCCGGAGCGGGGCCGCAAGAGCCGGACCGGGUCCGGACGGGCCGAGAUGCCCUAUAAACUGAAGAAGGAGAAGGAGCCCCCCAAGCUUGCCAAAGGCGCGGCCAAGCCCAGCAGCUCGAGCAAGGAUGGCGGAGGCGAGAGCGCUGAGGAGGCCCAGCCCCAGCCUCAGCCGCAGCCGCCACCUCAGCCGCCACCGCAGCCGCCGUCAUCCAACAAGCGUCCCAGCAACAGCACGCCACCCCCCACACAGCUCAGCAAAAUCAAGUACUCAGGGGGGCCCCAGAUUGUCAAGAAGGAGCGACGGCAAAGCUCCUCCCGCUUCAACCUCAGCAAGAACCGGGAGCUGCAGAAGCUUCCUGCCCUGAAAGACUCACCAACCCAGGAGCGGGAGGAGCUGUUUAUCCAGAAGCUACGCCAGUGCUGCGUCCUCUUUGACUUUGUGUCAGACCCACUCAGUGACCUCAAAUUCAAGGAGGUGAAGCGGGCGGGGCUCAACGAAAUGGUGGAGUACAUCACCCACAGCCGCGAUGUUGUCACCGAGGCCAUUUACCCUGAGGCCGUCACUAUGUUUUCAGUGAACCUCUUCCGGACGCUGCCACCUUCCUCAAAUCCCACUGGGGCCGAGUUUGACCCCGAGGAAGAUGAGCCCACCCUGGAAGCCGCCUGGCCGCAUCUCCAGCUCGUGUACGAGUUUUUCUUACGUUUCCUUGAGUCUCCUGAUUUCCAGCCAAACAUAGCCAAGAAGUACAUUGACCAGAAGUUUGUCCUUGCUCUCCUGGACCUGUUUGACAGUGAAGACCCUCGAGAGCGGGACUUCCUCAAGACCAUCUUGCAUCGCAUCUAUGGCAAGUUUUUGGGGCUCCGGGCUUAUAUCCGUAGGCAGAUCAACCACAUCUUCUACAGGUUCAUCUAUGAGACAGAGCAUCACAAUGGGAUUGCUGAGCUCCUGGAGAUCCUGGGCAGCAUCAUCAAUGGCUUUGCCUUGCCCCUGAAAGAAGAGCACAAGAUGUUCCUCAUCCGUGUCCUGCUUCCCCUUCACAAGGUCAAGUCUCUGAGUGUCUACCACCCUCAGCUGGCGUACUGCGUGGUACAGUUUCUGGAGAAGGAAAGCAGCCUCACUGAGCCGGUGAUCGUGGGCCUUCUCAAGUUCUGGCCCAAGACCCACAGCCCCAAGGAGGUGAUGUUCCUGAAUGAGCUAGAGGAGAUUCUGGAUGUCAUUGAACCUUCAGAGUUCAGCAAAGUGAUGGAACCACUCUUCCGCCAGCUUGCCAAGUGUGUCUCCAGCCCCCAUUUCCAGGUGGCAGAGCGUGCCCUCUAUUACUGGAACAAUGAGUACAUCAUGAGCCUGAUAAGUGACAAUGCUGCCCGAGUCCUUCCCAUCAUGUUCCCUGCACUGUACAGGAACUCCAAGAGCCACUGGAACAAGACAAUCCAUGGCCUAAUCUACAAUGCCCUGAAGCUGUUUAUGGAGAUGAAUCAGAAGCUGUUUGAUGACUGUACACAACAAUACAAGGCAGAGAAGCAGAAGGGCCGGUUCCGAAUGAAGGAGAGAGAAGAGAUGUGGCAAAGGAUUGAGGAGCUGGCUCGCCUUAACCCCCAGUAUCCCAUGUUCCGAGCGCCUCCACCACUGCCUCCUGUGUACUCGAUGGAGACGGAGACCCCCACGGCAGAGGACAUCCAGCUUCUGAAGAGGACGGUGGAGACAGAGGCUGUGCAGAUGCUAAAGGACAUCAAGAAGGAGAAAGUGCUGCUUCGGCGGAAGUCAGAGCUGCCUCAGGACGUGUACACCAUCAAGGCACUGGAGGCGCACAAGCGGGCGGAAGAGUUUCUAACUGCCAGCCAGGAGGCGCUCUGACCUCCUCACCCUCCCACCACAGGGCCACAGCCCACUCAGCCCUGGGACACUGCCCUAGGCCUCCACCUUCUGCUCCCCACUGGCUGACUUCGGGCAAGGCAGGGCCUCUCUGCUCUUGGGAGGGGGAUGAGGCACUUGAGGUGGGGACACCCGCAGAGUGGUCCCUCUUCUCCCCCAAAACGUGUUCACGCCUCCCUGCGGCUAUAGUACAGACAGGCUGAGCGCGGCAAUGCUCAGCGCUCAGACAACUUGGGGAUGCCUGGCCCCCUCCUGCUCCUUGUCCCACAGCUGCCUGUGGCUGCUCUGAGAAAUACACACGGGAAUAACGUGCUCCUCUUUCCCCUGCAGCCUGUUGAACUCCAGGUGUCUCCUCCUUGUCUCCCUCCCCUGCAGGCAUAUA